CUCAGUUCUAGAAAUGUGAAUUCUCGUGUGCGCUCACCUUCUUCGGCCAACUUCGCUACCUCUACUGUGGAAAGGCUAGGUCAUUAUGAAUAAUUCCCUUGCCCCAGAUCAGAUAGGCGCAAAGCCGGCGGAAGUAUUGCGCUAGAAAGAUGUUUCGUCCAAAAUGUGUGGCUACUACGGUUCAGUCCCCGACUGAUGAUGCGCCGGGAGAUUCCCAACUUCCUGUCCCCAAGAGCUACUUUAAGAGUGCCCAAUGGAGUGCGGAUGGAACAUGUCUAAUUGCCAGUCGUUCGAACAAUGACAUUGAUACUUUUGUUGUUCCAGCAGACCUCCUCGAAAAGGCACCUGAGCCACGAAUACUUUCUCCGUACUGCAGCAUACAGUCGGCAGAAUCUGUCAAGGCUGUGGUCGGGUAUCCGUUUUUCAACCUUCAGGAUUCUUCCACCACAUUGAUCUUGUCGUCCAUGAGAGAUCAUCCGAUUCGGCUGACCUCAGCUCUAACUGGCCAUCUGGGAGCAUCUUAUCCACUAGUCAAUCCCAUGACUGAGGGGUUCAUUAGUCCCCAUUCCUUAAUGUUCAGCAGUCAGGGUGAUCGCAUCAUUGCCGGUUCGGAAUCCCUGAUCUCUAUCUUUGAUGUGAACCGGCCAGGGCAGGACCCGGUUUCUUCGAUCCCUACCGGGCCAAAAUGGAGAAAGGCGGCCGAGUACACUGGCACUGUCAAUAUGCGAGGGAUCGUGUCCACGCUUAGCGGUGACCCCUCAACUGGCCUUCUAGCUGCUGGAACCUAUAGCCGUUAUGUUGCCCUGUAUGAUUCCUUGGGUCAAGGCGACUGCGUUGGGGUCUUCUGCGUCAAAGGCACAGCUGCGGACUUGCAAAUUGGUGGAGGAGGAAUAACACAGGUCCUCUGGAGUCCGUGCGGGAGAUAUCUCCACAUUGCUGAGCGCAAAAGCAACGGUGUCAUGCUCUAUGACAUCCGAAAAACUGGCCAACUUUUGGCGUGGCUGGAGGGUCGAGCGGCGAUGACCAAUCAACGGUUGGGCAUUGACCUCGUUGGCACUGAUGAUCAAAGUAAUGAAGUCUGGGCCGGCGGGCUUGACGGGGUCUUCAGGAUGUGGAAAGAUCCUCAACAACGCGAAGGUCCGAUUGCAUCGACCUUCGAGUUCAAUGGUCACAGUGACGCUGUCUCGAGUGUCGUCGUUCAUCAUCGUGGAGGAGUGCUUGCUACAUCGUCCGGCCAAAGGCACGUCGCUGUAGAAUACGAAGAUGUGCAAAUGGAAGAGACAAUGCCAGAUUACAAUUUGAAGAUCUGGGAGUUAUGAUACAUCGCCGUUGCCGAUAACGAUGAGGAAUCGGGCUCUUUGUACAGUAUUGUUCAGCCUACCCGCUCCCUCCCAUCUCGCAAUGAUUUGAUGCCUUUUUGUAGCUUCUUCGGAGAUAAUUUCGGCAGUAAACACUUGUGCCUGAGCCU